AUGCGGAUCCGCUCACGCCCUUUUCUUCUUUUCGCGAACCCGCCGAAGAUACGCGUGGACGUGCGCUUCUGCGGCCUGACCGGAAGUGACGCGCUCCUGUGGCUCGGCGGUCACCGCGGCGACCCGGGGCCGACCGCGGUCCUCGGUUUCGAGGUGUCCGGCACGAUUCUGGAAAUGGGCAGACUGGCACACGAGCGGACAGGCUAUCAGAUGGGCGAGAAAGUCGUCGUGCACAACCAUCCCGUCUGCGGCGGUCUGGCCGAAAGCUGCCUGGCUCAUUAUACGGACGUAUUUAACUUAACGGGACGAGCGUCCCUGAAAGAUUCAGCGAUCGUCAUGGAUGAUUAUUUCUCGGCGCUACUGGCGAUGGGUCGUCGAGCUCGUAUUCAGAGAAACGAAUGCUUUCUCAUUAACGCGAAACAUUCGCGUUCCGCCUUGGCCGUCAUCGAUCUCGCCAUUGGAGUGUUCGGAGCGAAGCCGAUAGCUCUGUGCAAAGAUUCAAGGCGAGCCAAGCUGUGCGCAGAUCUCGGUGCGGAGGUCCUGUGCGAUAGAAACGAAGAAUGCUUGCCGAAUAAAUUAAGAGAACUCACCGGGAAAGAAGAGGUGCGCCUGAUGAUCGAGACCGAGGACGGGCCGUACUUUCGGAGCGUCGUCAAAAGCUUGGAGCACGAUGGCCUAAUCGCUCUUCUUGACGAUGCCCGAAAUAAGCGGCAUCCCGAUUUCUACCUCAUGUCGCCGAAUUACACAGUAUUCGCGGUAGCCGCGGAACAUUACAAAGUCGCCGACCCCCUGAUAUACAGAGAGACUAUGCAGCAUCUGUUGGACUAUCACUCGGAAUGCGCGAUUCGUCCUCGUAUCUCGGCGAUUUUCGGUCUGCAUCGUAUCAACGACGCGUUCGACUAUUACACGACGGUGCCGAGCGGAAAUGUCUUGAUAGAUAUGAAGGAUCUUGAUCGACUAACUGUGUGCGAUAAGUUUUAAGCACUUCGAUUCACUAAAUUCACCGUUUUGAAUUAUCACAAUUUCCUCGAUUGCGAUAUUUCCUGCGAGAGGGCGCUAGCGUCCGGAGCGUUUUCACGGGUCACGUGACUUUCGUGAGACCGUGCGCAAUUGGC